GCAAAACGUCAACAUUGGAAAACACCGUACACUCACUGUUUGGGAAUACGCCAGACAUUGGGAAGAUGAGCGAUACACCGGUGCCUUCAUCACCGACAGAGUCGCCGAGGGACUCGCCGGUGCCUUCUGCAAAGAAGAAACAGCAGUCCAAUGCGAACUCAAGCGCUGCUAGUAAGAAGAUCAGUGCCGAAGCAUUGGAACGUCGUCGUGCUGGUCGUAUUAAGGCUGCUGAGACCAUGGCUGCGAAGAUCAAGAAGUCCGGUAUUGAAAGAAGAGACAACAAAGUGAAGUACUCAGUGUUUGAGAAUGUGUCGGUGAUCAACCAGAAGAACUACUUCACGGAUUAUCUCAAGAAGGAUGAUCAGGUUUACGUGUUGAGGGAGAGGAAGCUGUUGAGGCAGAGCGUGAUGGCUGCAAACAAGGCCAACAAGCAGGGGACUUCCACUCCAGCGUUGGAUGAUGAUGAGGAGGAGGACCAGGAUGAUGAAGAGGACUCUGUGAUUGAUGAACGUGCAGGUCAGCGUACCGUUGUGAUCCACCCAGGUUCCAAGAACAUUAGAAUUGGACUAGCAUCAGAUGUGUAUCCCAAGAGUUUCCCAUUUGUAUUGGGAAUCCCGGGUAAACCCGAACCAAAUCCGUUGACAACCCAUGAAUUAGAUGAAACUGAGCAGGAGGAAUACGAUACAAAUAGGAAAUUGCUUACGAGGGAUUUCAAAGAGAGAAUGAAGUAUUACAAGAGAAGAGUCAUUCCAAAUUCUAAUGAAAUCACUUCAAAUUUCAACAAAAAGGUCAAACCAGAGAUCAUUCCAGAACACAAUGACGUUCAUAAAGUGGAAUUUAUCAAACCAGGUAAAGACACGAAAUACCUUAUCGGUGAAGAUGCGUUGAGAAUGGAUUCCCCGGAUUAUAAGUUACGUUAUCCGCUUUUGACUAACGGUCGGUUCAAUGAAAAUGCGUACAACUCUUUCCAGGAGAACAUUGGUGAAAUUCAACUAUUCCUAUCGCAAGUUUUGGAGAAAUCUUUUGAAAUAACAGCAGUUAAACAGUACAAGACAGUGCUAAUAGUACCUGAUCUCUACGAUAGAAUUUACGUCGAGUCGUUUAUUGCGCUAUUGUUACAAAUGGGAUUUCAAGGUGUCGCCGUUAUUCAAGAGUCGCUUGCAGCCACUUAUGGUGCUGGUGUUUCUUCUGCUUGUGUCAUUGAUAUUGGUGCACAAACUACAAAGGUUUCGUGUAUUGAUGAAGGUCUGGUGAUCCCAGAUUCCCGUGCAGUGGUUCAGUAUGGUGGUGAUGACAUUACCAGACUCUUCUACAAACUCCUCAAGGAAGCACAAUUCCCUGCGUCUAUGGAUGAAAACUUUCCAUUCGAAUGGACAGAGAUGGAACAACUAAAGGAAAAGUUUAUCACUUUCCAAGAUGCAAAUAUAACGGUCCAGCUGUAUAACUUCAUGAAACGUUAUCCAAACAAGUUGAGUGAAAAAUACGAAUUCAAAGUUUUUGACGAGGUGAUAUUAUCACCAUUGGCUUUGUUCUUUCCCAAGUGUUUUAACAAGUUGAAAGACUGGAAAGACCACAGACUAUCCAAAUCACAAUCUUUCGACAUCUAUACUUGUGAACCAGAUAACCCCAAAUCUCUGACCCAGUUGAACGUGCUUGAUGAAUCUUUGUAUGCAGAUGAUGACGAUAAGGAGGUUCUGGAUAAGCUGAUCCAACAGUUGAAUCCAGAUGCUGGUGCCGACUCUGACUAUCCAACAAUGGCACCAUUGGAAAAGCUAAUCAUCCAGUCCAUCACUAAUGCAUGUCGUUCACUGGAGGACUUCACCAAGUCCAAGGUGUUUUAUUCAAACCUUUUGAUUGUUGGCGGCUCUUCCAAGAUCGAGGCCUUGGACUUUGUAUUGACGGACCGCAUAAACAUCUGGAGACCAAAGCUACUGGCGUUACAACAGCUACCGGAUUUCCUCAAACAAGUGGAACAACUCAUCAACGACUUUAACAAAACCAACGAGAUGAGCAAGCUAACCACCGAAGAGGAGAUCGAGCCUUUACAGAAGAAGAUUGAUACCUUGGUGGAACGUGAACUGACCAAGUUCUUGGACAACGUCAACGCUUCUCUUUCACCUGUGGAAGUAUUACCAGCACCUAGAGAUAUUGAUCCGAGUGUAUUGACUUGGAAAGGAGGCUCGGUCUUUGCAAGGUUGAAACUCAUCGAAGAGCUUUGGGUCACAGAGACAGACUGGGACCUCCUGGGUAGCAGAGUUCUACAGCACAAGACACUAUGGAACUAUUAAGAGUACGUUAUAGUACUUCUAAUACUUGAGUCGCUCACCA